GCUCAGCUGUUCAUCGAUUCGCUAUCAAUUAGUACACAGGUUUUUUUACAAGACUCAAUAUUAUUUCAAAAAUGGAAGCAGUUAAACAAUUGGCCUGGAAGGGCAUGAAACUGACACAAAUUGGCAGAUCUCCUGGAUCAACAUUUUUAAUUCGAAGUAUCUCAACAAACUCAAAGCCUGUACUUUAUUCUUUCUGGGCGAGUUCGUGUUCGUGGAGGGUUCGCAUAGCACUGGCGCUUAAGAAGAUAGAUUACGAAAUAAAACCCACUUCUUUGUCGCGAACAGUGGAGCAUCAUGCAUAUACAGAUGAAUACAAAAAAAUAAAUCCCGUGCAAAAGGUUCCGUCCUUAAGGAUUGAUGGACAUACGCUGUGCGACUCGGUGGCCAUAAUGCACUACCUGGAGGAAACUCGUCCCCAGCCUGCUCUCCUGCCCCAAGACCCGGUAAAAAGAGCGAAGGUCCGGGAAAUCGUGGAGCUCAUAUGCUCGGGUGUUCAGCCGCUCCAGAAUAUCGCAGUGCAGGAAUACAUAGGCAAGGAUGCAGGCUUAAAGUGGGCACAACAUUGGAUCACCCAUGGAUUUCAAGGUCUGGAGAAGAUCCUCUCCGAGUCGGCGGGACAGUUCUGUGUGGGAGGUGAGCUAUCCAUGGCGGAUCUUUGCCUUGUACCACAGGUUCGGAAUGCUAGGAGAUACAAAGUUGAUCUGCGUCCAUAUCCCACUAUAGUUCGACUGUACAACGAGCUACAACUACUGGAAGCUUUUAAAACCACUCACCCCAGUACUCAGCCCGACUGCCCACCGGAAUUUCUUAGGAAAUAAGAAAGUCAUAAAACGUUCCAACAGAUACUGAAUAUUAAACGAUACUCUAUACCCCACAACCGAAACGCAGUAAAACCCCAUUGAAUUAUAAUAUAAUUUUUAUUAGUUUUGUCAUUUUUAUAUAAUCGUUCUUAAAUGUGUAAUGUGUAAUUCACGUAAUUCAUUUAUGUACCGUCCUAACUUGCAUUUCUAAUUUUCCAUCCUGGAUGCGGAUCUUUAUAAUGUUUCUGCGUAUGUAGUAUGCACUUAUUGGCCUUCCUGGUUGGAGUUGUGUGUCUCUGUGGUUGUGUCUCUGCGUGUGUAUAUAUGUAUUCAACAAAUUUCACUAUAAAUACUAUUACAUACAGAUGCGCCGUACGCAUUACAUAACAUAACCAUUACAUUCGAUAUACAUGCAUGUUCCGCACUGUGCCGUGCCGCAGCGCACUGUAUCGUAUCUGACAUCGGUACCGAUCGAUCGUCUACCUAGCUUAGCUUUCGUGUUAUUGUUGGCCGUUUAGUUCGCCAUUACCGCAGGGGUUUAGUCGCAAUCUGCAUUCUCUGCCUGACAAUCGUCAUUGCAUUAUUCACUUUCUUUUUGUUCGAGUAUGAUUCACUUGGGGUUAUAUAGCUAUGCAUAUAUAUGUAUGUAGAGAGGAGUAACUGUUUGCAUACUUUUCGUUCGCAAUUGUACAAGUUUCUUAUCGCUUCUUUAAUUGCAAAAAUUAUGUUUUUCGAUUUGUUAAAACU